UUUGACAGGUUUUUAAAAACUGUUCUACGUUAAUCACUGAUGUUAAAGGACUAUAGAAAAUGAAUAUUUUACUUUCCAUUACAUAUAGUGCAGGAAAAAACAAAAACAAAAAAUAUUAUUGAAAUAUCCCACGAAAACAGUUUUCCUGAUAAUAUCACUUCUCAUAUUAUGUAUUGAAUAUGACGUCGCCUGCUUGUAUUUAUGUACUCAUACUCUACACGCAACUGUUGACUAUUAUUUGACGUCAUCAACCAUUCGGCCAAUCACAGUCGUUUACGAUCAUGUGACUAAGUAGACAAAAAAAAAUAUUUUUCUUGUCGAUUUUCUCUUACACUAUCUCGUAUUUUUCUUAUAUAUUUUACAUGCUGAUAAAUACCCUAUUUUAAGAUAGACUGAUUCUGAAGUUAUUGUUGAGCUUCUUAAAUUCUGCAUAAAAGGGAUAUUUGAGGCUGGUCUAACUAACAUGGGAUCUUUGAACUCCUUGGUCAAAGAGUAAGCAAUCGUAGAUUUAUAAUUUAAAAAAAAUAGUAUUAUUAGAUAUCUAUGGUAGCAAUUUAUAAAUAAUUAAUUUGUCAAAAUUUGACAUUUGCGAAAAUAUUUUUAUUAGAAAAUGAUGAAGUUUGAAGAUUUUAGAAAUAAUAUUGAGGUGAUUGAUGAAUUUAAUGUGAACCAAUUAAAUGUGAAUAAAAAUGUUAUAUACAAUGGCCAUCACAAAUUGUUUACAUGUACCACAAAUGAGAUCAAAAGACAACCUUUAGCAGCUGCUGUUCUAGGCCUGAAUAAUACUGACAUCCCACUUCCUGAUGAUGUAGAAUUCCAUAAUUGUUGGACUGAUAUCGAUGCGCAAGAAGCAUACCUAAAACUGAAACCCAAAACUUUUUUGAUUCUCGGGAAACAAGGAACGGGAUGUUACAGUUUAGGAGAAUCUCUGUCUAAAAAAAUUAAUUGUGUUCACAUAUGCCCAAAAAAUGUUUUGGUGGAUGAACUUGAUCAAAAAAGUAUUACAGGGAAAUGCUUAGACUUCAAUAUGCGACAUAAUAAAGUUUGCAAGUUUAAUACAAUAUUGGCAAUUAUGAAAAAAAAAUUAAAAUCGCCUGCAGUACAACAUAGAGGUUUUGUUAUAUCAGGAUUGCCUUUAGUUACUUCAAGUAAAGAUAUAAAAUAUUUUGUCAGUACAUUACAAGCAGAAGAAUCACUUAUGAUUAUUGAAGAUAUAUUAUUUGAUUUGAUAUGCAAUCUAAAGAAGGAAAAAUCGAAAAAGAAAAAAUCUUCUGAAUAUUCCUUGAGUUCUGACAAUUCUGAAAUUCAAGGUGAAGAAGAAGAGCAGCCUGAAACAGAAUUAGAAGUAGAAAAUCAAGAAGAAAUAGUUGAGCUUCCUAAAUUUUUGCUGGAUUCUUGCAGUGACAUUGUAUUUCCUUCAAAAGCUUACUAUAGCACAAAAAAGACUGUGUUGUUAAAACAAAUUUAUGAAUUAUUUGAUUUGACACCUGAUAUUGUUCUAUAUAUCACUUGCCCAAAUGCAGAUAUUAUUACAAAAAGAAGUCGAAAAUUUUUAAACUAUAUUUCUAGCUCUAAUACUUUUAAUCCAUUUAGUAGUAGUGAAGAUAUUGAAAUAAGAUGGCCGACAUCCUAUGUUUUGUCAGAAUAUAAAAAAUCAUUUGAUGCCCAUGCCAUCAAUCCUAAAUAUAAUUGUGCACAACCAAUACAUUUUAAGAAAAAUGCAAUAGAACAAAUCUGCAAUUUUAAAAUGAAUGUUACAUCAUUUCUUGAUGAAAAAUUAAAGGAGAUUGAUCCUCGUUUUAUUAUAAAACUAGACGGACGGACUUCUGUUCAUCAAAUGAUAAAUCACACAAUGGAAAUAUUGCAACUUAUGCCUAUAAAACCAGUACUUAUUCCAGAACCCCUUUACUUUGAAGAAUCUUUAGAGGAUAUAGAUGAAUUUUGGACAAAAGUGGAAAAGUUAAACGAAAUCCGAAGUGGUGUUAUGAAAUUUAACAGAUAUGCCUCACCUUGGUAUAAUAGAUGUCCAGUUCAACUUAAGAAAAGACAGUCUGUACAAGGAAAACCCAAGUUUGCUGUAACUUUCUUUAAGCACAUAUAUCUACUAUCUUCACUUGAUGCUAUGGUUUCAUUCUGUAGAAAUCCUCGUCCUUUUUUAAAGCUAAAAUAUUUUGAACCAACUUGUCGUAUUAUGAUAUUGGGUACAAGGUCUUCAGGAAAGACCAUGGUUGCUAAAUGCUUAUCUUGGUUGUUCAAUGCACCAAUUAUUUGUUACAAAACAUUGUUAAAAAAUGAAACACUUAAAAAAUACAACAACUAUGCUAAAACUAUAUUAUCCGAAAUAAUAGCGAGCAUUGAAGAUGCUCGGUUUGCCCAAUGGCAAAGUCUAGAGUUAGAGAGAAUAUCUAAUUUGAAUACAUGGUUCAAUACAGUAUCCAGCACAUUAUCUAGUUAUGUAAAACUUCUUUCCAAAAAAUUAAACGAUGAAAGCACUGAAGGCGAUAUCGUAUUUUUAAGUAAAUUUAAUUCUCAAAGGAACCAGCUUUCAUUUCUACCGAUAGACGAUUUACAUGAGUGUGAAGAUGCAUUAAUAGGUAAAAAUUUAUUAAAAUAUGCUCCUGCUUCAUUGAUGAUUGAAGCAAGCAAACCUACCAUACCAGUUCUUGGUGAUAACGAUGUUACUGAAGCAAUAUCUGAUUAUAUAAAAGUCAACGAAUUACAAAAAGAAAUAGAACCAACAAUUGAAGAACUAAUGUUUGAAGUUAUUAACUUUAUAAAGACAGAUUCCAAGUCUAAUGAAGAGCUUAAAGACCAAGUAUUCAGCAAAUUUAUAAUCGACGGAUUUCCAUCAGAUCCACAAUAUUGGGUUUAUUUAACCGACUCUAAACUAUUACCCGAUUACACUAUAGCUUUAAUUGAAAAUAGAGAAGUUGACGCUGACUUAAUGCAGCGUUAUUUUGAGAUCGAAACAUCCGUUAAGAAAUAUCAAGAAAGGUACUUGUUAGCAAAUGAUGUUUUGUUAAAAACUAAAUUACUUCAAGUUAAGCCUCCAGACUCGACACUCAACGACAUGCAAAUUAUAAUUGAUGAGGCGAUAAAGGACGCACUCGACUCAAUAUUUGUGUAUGAAAGAAACAGUGACGAUUUACAAACUUUUACUGAAAAUAUUGAGAAAUUUCGUGAAGAUUGGGAUAGCCUAAAAUCAAAGUUACAGGAAAAUUAUAAAAUAUUUGUAGAAGUAGAACUUGAAGGAAAAAGUGAUAUUCAAGUAUUAGAUGAGGUCUUGCUCAAAAUACGUAAAGGCUACUGCAAGCCUUGUUCAAGUAAUGAGGAAGAACCUGAAAAUCCUGCAGAUGAAUACGAAUCUUUUAAAGAUUAUUUGGCGUAUAAUGAUUCGAGAAAUUUAGGUGACACAAAUGUGUACUGCCCAAUAGCAUUUUGUGAUUAUGGUGUUUUACGAGAAGGUAAGCCGGAAUUCACGGCAACAUACGACAAUAAACUUUACUAUUUCAGCAACGAGGAAUGUUGUGAAACAUUACAGUAUGAUAUAACGAAGUAUUUAUCAUUAAAUAAACCGUUUAAAAAUAUUCCACCAUUGAGAAUAUGUGUUAUCGGGGGUAUAGGAAGUGGCAAAACAGCAGUAUCUAAAAUUCUAGCGAAAGAACUUGGUUUAAUGCACAUAGAUUUUGCCGAAUUUUUAAAUACUUUCCUAAUUCCUAAACAUUUUAAGAAAGUUGGGUGGCAAUAUGAAAAUAGUUUCACUGACACUCUCACCGAGGAUGAUGAAGUGGUAGAAUUUCAGAUGGAUGAAGAAAAUUUGGACAUAUUUGCUGAUCUUCUUUCCAAUGAACGAGAAUUGCGAAGGAUGGUAAGCAAUUAUUUUGAACGAGGUUCACCCCUAUUGUCUAUAAUCAUGCAAACAUUAAUCAAGAAACUUUGGUUUGAAAAUCCAUUUAAAAGUACUGGAAUCAUAAUCGACGGGUAUCCCAAAUUGCCAACUGAUAUAGAAGACAUGAUAAACUGUUUUUGCAUCCCUGAUAUAAUAAUAGAAUUAGAAGGAAGUUUGGAAACCACUUUAAAUAGACUUUCAGCUGUUAAAUUAAAGAAUUGGAAAUUACAACUAAAUGAAGCAAAAGAUAAAGCUAAAAAUAAAUUAGAAGCAGAAAGAAAAGAAUGGCGAACCUUUGUUACUAAAUCAGUUGUAAUUAAACUAAUCAUUGAUGAAAUUUUAGAAAAUACUGUUUUAGACACAGAAAAUGCCUACCCUAUUGCAAAUUUGUCUACACAACUUAGUACAAUAAUAGAUGCCCAUCCAGCUGGUUCAGCUAACGUAGAUGCCAAUUUAUUUACAACUUAUAAUGAAUUUGUACAAGAAAAUCCAGAACCAGUAGAUAACAGUCAGUGGGAAAAAACUGAAGAUGUUCUUGAAAAAAUAAACAAUAGAUUAGAAAGUAUUUUUGAAAUUGACGAUGAAAAUAUUCAAAACUUGAAAGAGGUUGCAGAAGAACAAAAAAUUAAAGUUACAUCUUUAGAUGCCAAGAAAUCCAUAAAUAAAGUUAUUAGACGAACAUUGGCCAAAUUAUCUGAUUUUCGAAAUAGAUCAGAAUCCUUUCUUGAACAAACUUUUAUUAUAAAUUGUGACAUAGCUGAAAUACUUUUGUCAGAAGGUUUCUUUUUACUAAGCAAAUUUAAUAGAAUGUGUCCAGUGUUCAUUAUGGAAAAUCCUCAUACAAUAUUUAAUUCCUACAAUAUAAACAAACGUAAAAAUAAAAUAUAUCCUAUAAUUCAUCGAGCAUAUAUAUACUUUAUUUCAUCUGAAGAAUAUGUUAAGAAAUUCAGGAAAAAUCCAUUAAAAUAUGUUCAAGAUGAUACCAUUAACCACUUUAAAGGAUAUUCUAUAAGGAUUGGGAUUAUAGGACCUCCUAAGUCGGGAAAAAGUAAAUUAGCAGCCAAACUUGCCAAAAAGUAUGGGCUGAUUUGUAUAUCAAAAGGAAUGGCUAUACGACAUGUACUGGAACAUAUGGGUUGGACAGUUUUAGGAAUGAAAAUGUUGGCAUUACUACGCGAAGGGCAAAUUAUUGACGCAGAACUUAUUAUGAAAGCUGUGCUUACAGUUGCAAUGGAUUAUCGUACAGUUACAAAUGGUUUUAUAAUUGAUGGCUUUCCAGAAUCGCCCCUUGAAGUGCAUGAACUAUCUGAAUUUGGUCUAUUUCCUCUUAUUAUGUUUGAUCUUAACACUGAUAAAGAAAUAAUUUUGAGAAACUCUCAAUACGAAAUUCAUUAUAACAUACUUAAUAGAAUACCACCAUAUCCUCGUCCUUUUAUUGAAAACAGAUAUAACAAAUGGUAUUAUGAAUGUGCAAGAGUUAGAGAUUGGAUUAAUCAAGAUACUCAAAAUCUUUAUGUCAUUAAUGGAAAUAAUUCUAAAUGGCAAUGCUUUGUUGAUGCUUGCAAGAUAAUAGAAUUUAUAAUCGAAAAGAUACAUUACUACAUAACAAACUUCAAAUCUAAAAUUGUACCCGUAGAAGUAAUGUGUAUUUCUAAGGAAACAUUCCAGAAAAGUAUGUCGUCUUACCAAAAUCUAUGUCCAGUUUGUUUCAACAAAAAUACUUUACGCCACAGCGGUUUCCCUCCCUAUAAUAAAGGCCUCGUCCAAUAUGAAGACCGCUUUUACUGGAUUUGUGCAGAGCAUUUCAAUCUUGUACUACAACACCCACACUUAUUCUUGGAUUCUAAGAAAAUUGUUAUUCCAGAAAUUCCCGCUAUAGUUAAAUCAGUAAAUCUUUCACUCGUUUAUGAAAAUGGAAUUUGUAUAGUCACAUAUGCUGAAAAUUUACCAUCACAAAUCAUUGUCACGGGUGAAAAUGAAUUUGCAGCUGCUUAUAAGAAAAAAACUUAUUUGUUUUGCAGUUCUAAGUGUCUUAUUAAAUUUCUACUUAAACCUCAUAUGUAUUACAAUAUUAAAGUUUUAAAAGAAAUUAAUACUUUUCCAAAAAUUACUUUGGAUAAAUUACCUCAUCUUGGUUAUCUUGAGCAAACAGUUGGUAACAUUAUGACAGAUGCAUGUUGUGCCGUAAAUGUAAUUCGUCCAAAAUAUCCUGGUUUAUGUACACGUCUGUCAGCUGUCCUAUAUUUAGCAUUAUAUUUGAAAACUCAUAAUUCUAAUUCUAAUGCAUCCUUAUUAUCCAUGUACUCUAAAACCUUUAAAGUUUAUGAGGCCCGAUGUAAAUUGAUUACUGAAAUAGGACUACGAUUGCGAUCAAUGGAUAAUCCUUUUGCCAACUAUCCGAAAUGUUGUGGCAAAGAACGUCAAUCUAAAAACCAUUAUUCCGAUAAUUUACAAAGGUCUUCAACCUCAAUUUCUACAAGUAACAACAGUCUUUGUAUAGAAUUUGAUUAUACAAGUAGCAAUCCAUAGUAAACUAAGGAAGGAACCUCCUACAGUUUCUUUCAGUCUGUCUGUUCGUUCUUCCUUUACUGCCAUUUUACUCAUGAACUACCUAUUUGUAAAGGUGAUUACCUACUUAAUUAUUAUUAGUUUUAAAUCGUUAGGUACCUAGGUACCUACCUACCUACAAGUUUUUUUGUCAGUAAAAAAAAAAACUAUUUAUGUACCAAGGUAAUAUUUUCGUCAUAAAAACACUAAUUAGUUAUAGGAAAGCUGAUCUGAGAAAUUAUCGUAAAAAAAUUACUGUUGAAGUCGACCAUGAUUAUGGGGAUAAUCAACAGAAUUAUCCCCAUAAUCAUUAAUGACCUGAAAUAUAAAAUACUUGCAAAAACGAAGAACAUAGAAAUACUAACAAUAAUAAGAUACCUAUAAAAAAAAUUGAUCUAACGG